AUGAAGAACUGCAUUGCAAGCGCCCUGCUCCUCCUGGCGGUCGUUGCGGCCACUCAAGCCGCUUCGGUAGCCACGCCCACCUGUGGAGGCACUACCUCCUCGAAGAACAUCAACCUGGUGAACCCGACGAAUCCUCCGCGGGUUUGCGAGUACCAUAUCAAGCCGACCAGCAAGUACGUUUGCCAGCUGAGAAUCGAUUGGGCCAUGACCUUGGCUCAACCCACGCUGGAAUCCGAUGGUUCCGGCCUGACCUAUGCCGAGUGCACCCGUGAUUACUUCGAGGUCGAUGGACUGAAACUUUGCGGCACCGAGGUGUGGCAGCACAUCUAUGUGCCCUUCAACGCCACCGAUGGGGAGUCUUUGGUGGAUCUGGUCAUCAGUUUGGCCGAUCGUGCUGGAGGCAGUGGCCUGCCCACCGCCUACUGGGACAUGACCGUCACGCAGCUGGAGUGUCCGGCCGGAGCCUCCGUUCGCUCGUUGGACCUGGAGGACGACGUCACCAUUGAGAGUCGAGCCAGCACCAUCAAGGAUGGCUUCUUUGUUGCCCCGCCCGGCUGUCGGCAGUACUUCCCCCAGCCCAAGGGAGCUGUGAAGUCCUUCAACUACAACGAUGGCAAUGGCAUCUAUCCAUCUCGCAUGAACUACGCCAUCUGCUUCCGUCGCCAAACCGAUACUAAGACUCUAACCAUUCGCGCCUAUGACUUCAACGUGGGAGAUGUGAUUUCCGCUUCCACCUUGAUGACCGAUGAGAACUGCUACAGCAGCGAUAGUACCAACGACCUGGAUGCCGAUUUCCUGAUGGUGCCACAGGCAACCUUCGAGGAUAGCCACAAGCACGCCACCUACUUCUGUGGCUCCAUACAGAAGGAUGUGGUCAUAUCGAGCAACAAUCCCGGUCCUUUGAUGGUUCUGUUCAACAGCGACGACAUCUACAGACAGAAUGAGGCUGGCUUUGCUUUCACCUAUGUUGUGUCCUAAGCGGUCGAGGUUCUUUGAUAUUGUAAGCUAAACAAAGAAUUUGCCAAUAAAAGACGUUUAA